CUGAAUUUGCUACAGAUUUACUCAUGUAGCUAUUCAAAAACAUGGCCAGUCCUGCAUGUGUUAUCUCGAAACAGAUCGGAAAAUCCGAUGCAGUAGAAAUCCAUUCUAUACCGUGCAAAAUUGCAUACAGUGGUCCAGCACAAGUUUCGGGCUAUUUCAAAAUCCAAGAUCUCGACGGAAGGAAGCGCGCCGCAUUCCGUGGACAUGGACUUGAAGGAGUGAAAAUUGAUUUACCAUCCGAGUACGAAUUAUCAGUACUCAAGAAGAGAGAUGAUUUCUCGUAUGAUAUUGAAAAUCGGCAACGGUCUUUCACUUUAUGGGAGUGGGAUCGAGAGGCAGGUCCAAUGCGGAUAUUGUACUUGUUUCUCCUUCUCUUGGACCUGUUGGCGGCCGAGCCAAUCUCCUUGAUCACUGGAGCCGCUGUUAUGUUUGGUGGAGGAGCAUUGUGGAAAUUUCAGCAUCAGAUAAAGUGCAAAUUAUUUGAAUGUUGCGAUAAACCGUAUGUGAACCCUCGAUUCGAUAAGCUCCACGAAGACCUUUACAAACUUGUUUAUGGUCAACAUCUGGUCCUUGAUACAGUAGAGAACGCAAUUCGUGCACAUUGGACCAAUGAAAAACCCAAAAAACCUCUGGCCAUGUCAUUUCAUGGAUUCACUGGCUCUGGCAAGAACUAUGUGGCGGAGAUCGUUGCUAAUAGCACCUUCAAAAAUGGCAUGAGAAGCAAUUUCGUUCAUCAUAUCGUAGCUACUGCCGACUAUCCAGAUAAAAACAAAGUUGACGAGUACAGGCUACGAUUACGUGAAAGAAUAUUGAAUGCUGUCAGUAAAUGUAGUAGGGCGAUGUUUAUCUUCGACGAAGCGGAUAAAUUACCCGAGCAACUUCUAGAAGCUGUGAAGCCUUUCCUGGAUUACUACGACUCGGUAGCUGGUGUGGAUUUCCGGAAAAGUACCUUCCUGUUUCUGAGUAAUCGAGGUGGUAGUUUGAUAGCAAAUGUGGCUCUCAAUCACUAUCAAGCUGGCAAUCCUAGAGAAGAUUUGAGCCUCAAUAAUUUCGAAAGAAUGCUCAUGCAGGCAGCCUACAAUGAGCCGGGAGGUCUUAAGCUCUGUGAGCUGAUCUCAAGCCACUUAAUUGACCACUUUAUCCCGUUUCUUCCAUUAGAGCGACGUCAUGUAUACUCUUGUACAGUAUAUUACCUGAAAUCGCAAGGAAGAGAGGAUUUGGCAAAGGACGAUGAAUUAGUGCAACGAAUCGUGGAUUCACUACAGUAUUUUCCAAAAGGCAAAGAAAUUUUUUCGAGUUCUGGCUGCAAGCGUAUUGCAGCCAAAGCUGAUCUGGAAAUAAGUAGGGAAACCUUGCCAUCCUUCGCCGUGAAGCAUCUGACCUUCGAAGAUGAGCUUUAGGUAUUCGAAAAUCGGGUAAAGUUAUUUGAAAAGUUCAGUUUUAUAGAUCAUCAACCAUCGACAUUCUUUUUGUGAUAGUUUCACCAUUAGUUCUUUCUCAUUUUUCUUUUCUUCUUCUUUCACAGCUGCAGCAUCUGCCCAACUAACACCCUUCUCCAUUCCUCGUUCACUCGUUGCGUUUGAACAUCCAAAUAAUUUGUUGUACAUAUGCUAGUCAUGUUCUCAUGAUCUUCGCCGGUUUGUUACCAGCAGGUGUCUCUUUUUCGCCAUGUUUCUAGCUGCUUGCCUUGUCACUUAUUCUUUGAAUACCCAGCCCUUGCAUAAAGUAUACGUAAGUCAUUG